AUGCAGCUCAUUGGCCUCAUGGAGCUAACCUGUGACGAACAUCUUCUCAAGCACGUUAAGAGUGAACACGAGCAUCCAUUGUCUGUCAGUCGAUGCAGGCUCGUUCCCACACCUGGCAGCUGGAGAAGAACCCCAUCUGGGAUUCUCUGGUGUCUCUAUGGCACACCAACUGAACUGGCCCAAUUCACAAUGUUCAUGCACACACCCACACCCAGGAUUGAAACUCGCUGCCAGUCUGAUGAUGGCUGGACGGAUCCAAGCGUAGCUUCCAACGUUCGGCACCAGUGCUCCUCUGUAUAG